AUGUCAGUAAACUCAGAAGACAAACAUCCGGAGUACUUAUUCGUUGAAAUAUUGAGUUCAUCAAAGCAAAAGAUACUAGUUGGUGUGGUCUAUAAACCACCCAACAUAGGACAUUUAGAUGAUUUAGAGGAGGAGAUGGAAAACAUAAUGGUACCAUUUAAUAACAUUAUUAUUGUUGGAGAUUUAAAUUCAGACUUAAGUAAAAAGAAUUUUUAUGGUGAUCAACUGCGGAAGUUUUGUAAUUGUUUAGACUUGCAUAUUGUUGAAUAUGCUCCUACUCAUCACUUACAAAACUCGGAUUCUUGGAUUGAUGUUUGCAUUGUGGAUGAUCUGUCCAAGGUGUUGGCGUCAGAACAAUCUUCAGAGCCAUUUAUUUCUGAUCAUGACUUAAUUUCUGUGACUUAUAAUUGCAAAGUUGAAUUAAAACAGCUGAACAACUUUACAUUCAGAAAUUGGAAUGCUAUUGAUGAUGAUAAGCUGCAAGAAUUGUGUGAAGAUAUUGAUUAUGAAGCUCUGAAGGAGCUGGGCUCAGUUGAUGAAAUGAACACUUGUUUACAUGCACACCGUGAACGUAUUAUAAAUGCUAUUGUGCCUGAGAAAUUGGUUGUUCCGCGUCGACCACCGGCUCCAUGGUUCACUGAUGAUAUUAGAAGUCUCCAAUGUCGGAGAAAUAAGCUUUAUCGUAUCUACAGAAGGACGGGUUAUGCUUAUAAAGAGUUCUUUAACGUCAGGCGAUUGGUUAAAAAACGUAUUACUGAAGCAAAGAAAAAAUACUUUGACAAUCAAUUAAUUAAUGCAAAAAACUCGAGGGAAUUUUGGAAUGAUCUAAGAAGAUUAGGCAUUGUUAAACAGAAGAAAUCACAAACUAUUAUAAAAGUUGACUUGAAUAAAUUAAAUGAAUUCUUUGCACGUGCGUCGGGUAAUGUCAUCGAUUCAGAUGUUGACACGUCAGACAUAUUGUUGGUUGAUAAUAAUGGCGAUGAAUUCACUUUCACAGAAUUGAAUACAGUAACAGUUAGAAAAUCAAUUAUGAGAUUGACGUCAAAUUCAUGUGGCUCGGAUGGCUUUUCUAUCAAGUCAUAUAAAUGUAUGCUGCCUUUUUUUCAGCAAGCAAUUACAGACCUCUUCAACGUGUCAUUAACUACAGGAGUCUUUCCGAAGAAUUGGAAGCUAUCACAUGUGAUUCCUAUUCCAAAAAAGGCUUAUCCAGUAAACUGUGAAGAUUAUAGGCCUAUAUCGCUGUUGCCAAACUUGUCAAAAGCCUUGGAACAGUGUGCUCAUGACCAAAUUGUUGAAUAUAUCAAUGACAAUAAUUACUUCGAUGAAUACCAGACAGCAUUUCGUGGAGGUUUGGGUACGCAGACUGCCAUUGUAAAGUUCUGUGACGAUAUAAGACAAGCGGUGAAUGAGUCAAAGGUUUUAAUUGCGAUCUCGUUUGACCUUAGCAAGGCCUUUGAUUCUGUUAAUCACUAA